UCCAAAACUUGCAUGUGUCAUGUCUAAUUUAUGAAUUUACAUGAAGACAAUUAAAAACACAAAUUGAAAAGAGACUAUCAAAUUACGUAUCAAAUAAAAUGCAUCAUAGAAUAUAUAUAUAUUAUAGGCAAUCGCCAAAAUCACCCAAAUCAGAUAAAUUCAUAAAAACUGGCAGUACACAUUCAGCAAUGCUGAACGUGUACUGUACAAGGGUGUGUUUAGGCGGAGGGCGCAGGUUUAAACUGGUCUGGGACCUGGCAACCCUACUCAUUGUGACUACAACAGUCAGCUGUCCAGCACUUGAACUUCGCCGGAGAAACAAGUAACAUGGAUCGCUGGAAAGGCAGGGUUGCUGUUGUCACUGGAGCUUCAGUGGGAAUCGGAGCUGCAAUCGCAAAGUCUCUUGUCCAGCAUGGCAUGAAGGUGGUCGGCUGUGCUAGAAAUGUAGAGCAAAUAGAGAAACUGGCAGCUGAAUGUGUCCGCAGUGAAUUCAGCGGCACUCUGUUCCCAUAUAAAUGUGAUCUGACUGUAGAGGACGACAUGUUAUCCAUGUUCUCCUGGAUCAAAGGUCAACAUCAGGGUGUUGACGUGUGCAUUAAUAAUGCUGGUUUGGCUCUCCCAGAGCUUCUAUUGAGCGGCAAAACCAGUGGCUGGAAGACUAUGAUGGAUGUGAAUGUCAUUGCCCUGUCAGUGUGCACCCGUGAGGCUUACCAAUCAAUGAAAGAAAGAAAUAUUGAUGAUGGCCAUAUCAUUAAUAUUAACAGCAUGAGUGGACACCGGGUUGUUAACAAUGCCGUUACACACUUCUACACUGCCAGCAAAUUUGCAGUGACGGCUCUUACCGAAGGUUUGAGGCAAGAGUUACGAGAGGCCAAAACCCACAUACGAGCCACUUGUAUUUCACCUGGUUUAGUGGAGACAGAAUUUGCUUACAGACUCUUUAGUGAAGAACAAGAAAAGGCUGCUGCUACUUAUAAAAGUAUAAAGUGCCUACAAGCAGAUGACAUAGCAGACGCAGUGGUGUAUGUACUAAGUGCUCCUCCUCAUGUUCAAAUUGGUGACAUUCAAAUGAGGCCUGUGGAACAGCUGGCAUAAACUGAACGGAGAAACGGGAUGAAACAUCUCUGAGGUCUUCAUCAUCUGAAUGGCUCAUGAAUGGUGUUAAAUAUAAAAUGCAAAGCUGAUAAAAGCCACAAAAAUGUCCCAUUUCUGCACUUUAAAUCUUUAAAAUGCAAAUAGCAAGAACAUAUACUACUGCUCUGUCUGAUCAGAAGGUUUACAUUUUUUAUAAUAAUUUUAACGACUAUUUUUGUGUAUGUUUAAAAAGACCGAAUUAGUAUUGGAGAAAUAAUUUUGAAAACACCAAAAGUACUUUUCACCACAUACUGAUGUAGAAUCGGUGUAAUUUAUUAUGCUUGGCAUCAUAAUGAUUGGCUUUUUUUGAAUGAACAUUUACAGAUGAACAUAAAUGUUUUGAGGAAUGUUGAGGAAAUGUGAUAAUGUUUAAAGGAGAAGUCCACUUCCAAAACAAAGAUUCACAUAUAAGGUCUCACCCCAAAUGCAGUUGUAAAUGAUUCCAGCCGAGAAAGAAGGGUCUUAUCUAUACUUACAAUUUCUAUACUUUUUAGCACUGACUUCAGUUGCCCCGAAUGAGUCUGUGUUAUUAGCUCCUACCAGUUGUUAUUGGGGAAUAACCUACCUUGGAAUGUCAUGACUGACCAAUCAGAAUCAAGCAUUCCACAGAGCCAUGUAAUAAUUUAAUUUAAAGCACAGCCACCACAAAUUCAUUUUUUUUUUUUUUUUUUUUUUUAUGCCUUUUUAUUGUGAUAGGACAGUAGAGAGAUGACAGGAAAGAGCUGGGAGGAGAGAGGGGUGUGGGAUUGGCAAAGGACCUCGAGACAGGAAUCGAACUCGGGUCACCGUGAGCGCAGUUGCGCUCUAUGUCAUAACAAGAUCAUAACAUAAAAAACACCAUAACAAGAAAUAGUUUAAUAGCUAUGAUACUGGGUUUGAAAUCAAAUGUUUGCAUAGUUAUGACAGAAAACACUAGCAUCUAACAAUGCCUUGGAAAAAAUAAUCUUUAAAAAUAAAGUUUAUGCAUAAACCCAAAUAAGAAAUAAAACAGUUAUCGAAUAAGCAUGUGUCCUAUUCUGUGUCCUAAAUUCCUGAAACAUUGGUGUUUCAUUUUAGAGCAGUCAAUACAAUUUAUAAAAGAAGUCAAUUAAGUCAAGUGGGGGUGGGUGUGUGAAAAAAUUCAGAUGUAAUCCCCUUUGUAAUCACUGGCAUUUUUCAAAAGUAACUGUAAUUUAAUUACACAUUUUUUUUCUCAGUAACUGUAACUAAUUACAUUUAUUUUGUAAUUAAAUUAAAUUAUGUAAUUCCGUAACAUGUACCUAGUUACUCCCCAGCACUGGGUAUGUCGAAAAACUCCCAUCUCAUGUUCUCCCUCAACUUCAAAAUCGCUCUAUAUCACUGUUUUACCCUUUUUGUUAAGGGUGUUUGAUCUUCUUUGCAUGUUCACUUUGCAAAGACUGGGUCGGUACUUCUGCAGUGAUGUAGGAUGAUUUUGAAAUGAUUUUUGAAGUUGAGGGAGAAAAUAGGAUUGGAGUUUUUCAACAUACCCUAAUUGUUUUGAGUCAGAAUACACAGAGUUAAGCGAGAGAAAGGCAAGACAAGCAUUUGAGAUUAAAAAGUAAUUUUUAUAUUUUUUAAUGAAAAUAACCAAUCGUUUCGCCAGAUAAGACCCUUCUUCCUUGUCUGGGAUAAUUUACAACUGCAUUUGGGAUUGUUUGAAGCCGCAUUUAAACUGCAUUUUGGAAGUUCAAAAUCGGGGCACCAUACCAGUCCAUUAUAUGGAGAAAAAAUGCAGAAAUGUUUUCCUCAAAAAACAUAAUUUCUUUACGACUGAAGAAAGAAAGACAUGAACAUCUUGGAUGACAAGGGGGUGAGUAUAUUAUAUGUGAAUCUUUGUUUUUGAAAGUGGACUUCUCCUUUAACAAAUUUCUGUUCAAUUCUGUGCCUGCAGUUCUGACCUUAUAUUUUUAAGUGAGGCAUUGACUAAUAAAAAAAAAGAGCGGUUUA